AUGGACUGCCAAGAGAAUGAGUACUGGGCCUAAUGGGCACACUGUGUCACUUGCCAAGAAUUUGGUCCUGGGCAGGAACUCUCUAAGGAUUGUGGCUAUGGAGAGGAUCAAGAUGCAUACUGUAUAGUCUGUCCUCCCCAGAGGUACAAAAGCAACUGGGGCCACCAUAGAUGUCAGACUUCCAUCACAUUUGCUGUUAUGAAUUGUGCCCAGAAGACCAACUCCACAGGUAUCUCUAAUGCGAUCUGUUUAGACUGUCUUCCCAGGUUCUACCAAAAAACUCCACUUCUGGGAUUGAAACAAAGACCUUGUAUUCCAGUUUUCUUUAGGUUAUUUUUUAGUGCCUUUCAGCUGAGCUUAAUGAAGGCGGAUGUACCCACAGUGCUCCCAAAACAGGCCACACUUGUCACACUCAUGAACAGUCUUCUGGUGACAUUUGCCCUGACCUCUGUGGUGCUCUUCUUCCUCUACUGCAAGCAGUUCUUCAAUAGAAAUUGCCAGCAUAGAAAGGGAUGUGCUUUGCAAUUUGAGGCUGAUGAGGCAGCAGAAGAUUCUCUCUUCCCUGUUACUCCUGGCCAGGAGCCCAGUCCUGAGUACCCACUGAGUGAGAACAUCUUUGAGAACAAACCACUUAAUCCCACUCUGGAUGAUGAAGGGGCUCAAUUCAUGUCUUUCACACCCUCACAGGAAUACUUUAUCAUGGCCUUCUGUGUCUUGGACAGCCACUCUCACUGGAUACACACCCCCAUUGAAUGCAUGGAGUUGGACUUACAGAAGUUUUCCAACUCUGCCACCUAUCCUAUAGGUAAGAUUGGUGGGUCAGCUCAAAGCUGUGGAAACAAGAUAGAGCUCAAUGUGCUCUUUCAAGUUCUCAACUGUCAACUCUACUGA